AUGGGAAACGCCUGCCCACACAGGCGCGCAGCCGAGGAGCCUAUCCGAAGAGUCUCCCUGAACGAGGUUCGCUCUCGUGGCUGGGUAGUCAUCUUCGGCAAGGUCUAUGACUUGAGCGAGUAUGUUGAGAGGCAUCCUGGAGGGGCAGACCUUUUGUUAGGCGUGGCUGGCAGAGAUGCCACGGUAGAGUUUGAGACCAUGCGCCAUUCAAGCGCAGCAACCUUGCAGAUGGAGAAGCUUUUCGUUGGGCUUUGCGAUUCUGUCAAGAGCAGUGAGUCCAACGAGCCGGCCAAGCCACUGCAGCUUACGGGCGGACGGCAAAUCAGCCGACCCAAGCUUAAACAGGUGGACGCGUGGUGGAAUGUCAAAGAAUGUGGCUUUCUUCCAUGCGCAGAUCCAGUGAAAGUCUUACCUGCGCCGUGGGACCGACUGGUGAGGAUGUCUGAAGUACUGCCGACGCUGACCGUCCACGGCAUGUUCCGCACAGUCGCAGAACAAGAGCUCCGCGACGUGCUGCCCUGCAGCCAGGCAGACGUCAAGGAGGCUCUGGAGGUCCUCACUGAAGGCGAGGCUGAGUGCCUUCACUCGCUACUAGGAUACAUUUGCCUCGCCUACCUGCACGGCCCCACGGAUGUCUACGAGAAGGGCCAGACGGUGAAGCUGGACAUCCUUGGCCGGCGCCCUCACCUGGAUCACCUGCCCGCGUGGCUAUCGAUGCCAUGGGUUGGUGUGAGUGAGAGGUUGCAGAGGCGCCCUAUGCUUGACUAUGCCGGCUGCGUGCUGAACAACUGGGAGCGCCUGGACCCCACAGGUCCCAUCAAGCCCUCCAACUUGCGGCUCCUCCGCCGCUUCACGGGGUUGGUGGACGAGGAGUGGUUCUUCAAAACCCACAUUAUCAUCGAGUCCGAGGGGGGCCACGUCAUCAGUAGCUUGGAGGCCAUCUCUUCUUCGAUGAGAGACGAGAACAUCCACAACCUGUUGCAAGAGCUCCACACCUUGGAAGAGGCCCUCUGGAGGCUUGCAUCUGUUUGCUUGCCCAUCAUGUUUGCCCGGUCACCUGCCGACCAUGCGCUGAUGUGUGAGCCUUUCCUUUUCUUCUUUCGGCUGCGCCCGUACAUCAAGUCGGUCAAGGUCAGGAUGGACGGUGGCAAUGGCGAAGAGGAGUUCAGCUUGAACGGGCCCUCGGGCGCCAUGAGUACCAUCCUUCCUGCUGUGGAUGCCUUGUUGGGCAUCCAGAACACGUCUGCCGAGCUCCGCGAGGCUGUGAAAGCUUUCGAGGCCUAUGUCCCCAAAGAGCACCGCCAGUUUUUGGAUCGGCUACGCAACGCACCACAGAGCGUAAAGCGGUUCGUCGAGUCCCGCAAGGACUCCUUAGAGGAGAAGACGUGGUACGCCCUGGCAGGUGCCUUCAAUGCCUGUAUCUCACGUGUGCUCGACUUCCGGUGGAGGCACUGGAGCUUCGUGGAGCAGUUCAUCGUGCGGCCGUCGAGUGGCGGAUUCUCAGCAAGUGCGGGCUCGGUCUGUCCCGUGAUCCAUGCAGACAGCAGCCCUGGGGGGAUGCCACCGUCUGUGGUGGGAACAGGAGGGACGACUUUCGAUUACCUCCAGCAGCACAUCACGGACUCUCAGAUGGCCAGGAUCCCUCUAUGGUCGAAGGCCGAACUCAUUCAGCGCACGCCGGAGCUUCAGGCCGCCGCCGCAACGAUCGGGAACUUGCCAGAUUGCCCACCUCUCAGCGAGGAUGGCCUAUGGGAUGCGACAGGGCCAAACGGCUUUGUGACGCAUCGCAUCUCAUCGCUGUUCAAGACGGAACUGUUCUAA